CCUACUACUUUGACCCCUUAGUAGCGCCCCUUCAGCGCCGUAAGAUCACGCCUGGGUACGGUAAUCGUUCGCUCAGUGCCGAGUAUCUCGACGUGGUAGAGGUCUUGAAGCAUCAUAUCAGAGAUCAACCCUUCGACACGUAGACCGCUAAGCUGAAAGACGACGUACUGUCCUACGUGGAACAUGGAGUCCGGGCUGGUGGGCGAGAGCGGUGACUGCGGAGCCGUUGUGGUGGUCACCGUCGUCGUGGCCGACUUUGACGGGCCGGACAAGGGUAGAAGAGCCGGUGGUGUAGCCUUUCUCGGCGCUGGAGCUGCUGCUGUAGUCGCCGUGAUGAAGAUCGCCAGGACCGGCACGGAGAAGAAUAGAAUAUUUCGGUGGCGGAAGUGAGGUUGGGAUAGGCCGCCGUACGCGAGCUCGUCAGUUGGUGGUGGUGUUGGCGAAGCUGGGCUCAGCUAUUGGAGUAGCGAGUAGGGAAGAAAGAAGAGAUGAAGAUGUUCGUGGAGAUC